GUAAUGGCUAAAAGUGUUUACGAAUAUGUUCGAAAUUUUGAAAUGAUGGAUCAAUGUCUUCCUUUCACAUGGAUUGUUGUUCGUUUAGAUGGACAAAGCUUUCAUAAAUUUACAUCAAAGCAUAAUUUUACCAAACCAAAUGAUUCACGUGGUUUAUUGUUAUCAGUACGUGCAGCAGAACGUGUUAUGCAACAACAGAAAGAAGUUAUUCUGGCCUAUGGUCAAUCCGAUGAAUUUAGUUUUGUAUUUAAAAAAUCUACUGAUGUGUUUAAUCGACGAGCAAGCAAAAUAUCCAGUACAGUUGUUUCGUUGUUCUCAUCUUCGUAUGUUUUUGAAUGGCCAAAUUAUUUUCCUGAUACUCCAUUACUGUAUCCCCCGGCGUUUGAUUCUCGGAUUAUACUUUAUCCAACGAAUAAAACUCUAAGGGAUUACUUAAGUUGGCGUCAGGUUGAUUGUCAUGUGAAUAAUCUGUACAAUACAUGUUUUUGGAAACUUGUUCAAAAUACUGGUCUAAGUGGAACAGAAGCUGAAGAGCGUUUAAGAGGAACUUUAUCAAGUGAUAAAAAUGAAUUAUUGUUUUCACAAUUCAAUUGUAAUUAUAACAAUGAACCAGAAUUAUUUCGUAAAGGUACCGUCUUAUUUAGAACUAAUCAUGGGAAACAAUCUUCUAUUGAACAAGCGAACAUAGAUAUUAUUAAAGAUCAAUUCUGGGAUGAGCAUCCUUACUUAUUAGAGCCUGAAUAAAUAGUUCAGUGGAUUAUCGAAUUCCAUUGUGUUCUCCAGCUUGACAGCACUCAAUUUUGUAUGUAUGUAUAUACUUCUGUAUAUAUGAUGAAUAUGUUUGUGCAUUUUCUACCUUCAGUUUCAUACCUUAUUGUACAUAUCACACUGCAUUUAUGAUGAAAGAAAGUGUUAAUAAUGAUGUGUUGGUAAACUAUGACUCUUGUUUCUAAGUUUUU